AUGGAAGUCGACAAUAGCUUAGAUGUUAAUGCCAAGAAAGAAACCGUUUUGGAGCGCAUAAAUAAACGCAACAAAGACAGACAAAACUACAUCGAUGUGAAACUUGAGCUCCGUAAUAAAGAAAACUUAGAUCUUGAGGGAAUCGAUUAUUUCUCACAAACAUUUGGAGACCGCUCAAAGGAAAUCAGAGCAAACAUCAACAAUGUCAGCAUUUCGAAACCCGAAGGAGCUGAGCUUCUUCGAGUUCUAUCAGCUAUUACAGUAGAAAUCCAGGAACUACAGAGGUAUCUGUCGAACUCGACUAUAUUCUUGCCCGACUACAAAAUCAAAGCCAGUCAGAACGUUCUCAAUGAAAUCAGUGCUCAUGCUGAUGAGGUUCGUCAGAAGUUGAUGCCCAAGAAGAAGUUUGGUUUUAACAGCAAGAAAGUUGCCCCCAAAGUUGUCGUCAAUCCAAAAGUGAUUGCCGCUGACAAGGUUGAUCUCAGCGAGAAGAGUAGCAUCUCUUCGUCUGCGUUCACUUGGACCUUAGCCAACAAAUCGAAUGAAUAUCUAUUACUCACCCCAGAUCAAGUUGAUGGCCAAGACAUCACCAUUUCCAACCUUAGCAAUUGCUUUGUAGAGAUCCAAGGUCAUGCUGGUUCAGUGCAAAUAUCUGGCAUGGAAAACUGCACAUUCCUUUGUGGUCCCAUUGCCAGAUCACUUUUCGCCGAGAACUGUAAGAAUUCACACGUAGCAGCCGCAUGUCAACAGCUCAGACUGCAUUCCUCAUUCGGAUGUCGGCUUUUCCUGCAUGUCACAUGCCGCGCCAUCAUUGAAGACUGCACCAAAAUAGACGUUGGCUCGUACAACUACACCUAUCCCCAGAUUGAUUGUGAUUUCACAAAAGCCGCACUGGAUAAGACCAUCAACAACUACACUGACAUUGCUGAUUUUAAUUGGCUUUCCCCCGAUGUCCAUUCACCCAACUGGCAGACAAUUGAGGUAGCAGUCGAUUGGAAUGAGGCUCGCAAGAAAUUCAACGAGAAUCACAAGCAAUCGUUAUAGUUGGAGACGUCGAGGCGGCUGACAUGGAUCGCGCUAGCUCUCGGCCUGGUAUUAACAGUCUUAGUCUUGUUGUCACCUCGUAAAUUCAUCUUAGAAACAUUGUUCGUAAAUUUGUGGUAUUUAUUUGAGAGCCUUCUGUUGUAGUUUAGAAAGUAGUGCCUCACACAAAAACCUUUUUUAUUUCUGAAUUAAUUUUAAUUUAAAAUAUAAAAUAAUAACAAAAAUAUAUAGAAUGGUCAUUUUCAACUUCACAUCUAGGCAUUAUACAUAAUAUAAACUAUUGAAGACAUUUAUUUUUUUGCAAUAUAAUAAAAGCA